AUGUUAACAAGACAAAACAAAAACAAAAUUAAUAUUCCUGCUAAUACCACGUGGACACAGAACGGAGUGACUAUUGCUGGAGGUCACGGGGAAGAUGAUGCCACUAAUCAACUCAACUGGUCUCAUGGUCUCUUUGUUAUUGAUCAUGAUCAAACAGUGGUUAUUGUUGACAGGUCGAAUCAUCGCAUCAUUCAAUGGAAGAACGGUGAUACAACGAAUGGACAAGUUGUUGCUGGUGGCAAAGGCGAAGGAAAUGGAUUGCAUCAAUUGGAUCGACCAACUGGUGUAUUAAUUAAUAAAGAGGCUGAUAGUCUCAUUAUUUGUGACGCAGAGAUAUCUCUACGUCUCUGA